AUGGGUAUAAACGGCCUGUGGGAGGUAUGUGCACCUGCCGCUUGCCGGAUUUCAAACCUCAGUCGCUUUACAGUUACUCGAGCCUGCUGCAAAAAUGGACCCGCCCCUCACCUGCCCUAUGUGGUGGGGGUUGAUGCAAGCGGAUGGUUCGAACAGUGCCAACAAGGCAAGUGGCACCGAGCACAUGCUCAGACUGGGCAGAAUCCCGCCCUUCGAACAUUUCUAUUCCGACUUGCCCGACUUGCCCGGUAUCCACUGCAGCUUAUCUUCUGCUAUGACGGUGACCAGCGGCCUGGUGUUAAACGAGGACAUAGGGUGUCUUCAAAUGAACACUGGAUGGUGAAGCCAACACAGCGCAUCCUGGAUGCUUUCAACACUCAGUGGAUUACGGCUGCGGGGGAAGCUGAGGCGCAGCUGGCCUUGAUGAAUAGGGCUGGCGUCAUCAAUGCGGUCAUGACAGAUGACUGUGAUAUCUUCGUGUUUGGUGCCCAAACCGUCCUUCGAAACUCGACAUUUUUGUCCGACACCAUCAAGAUAUAUACCAUCGGCACCAUCCGGGAGCAAGUUGACCCUUCUCUUACUGGUGACGCUUUCAUUACCAUUGCUAUUUGCUGUGGGGGUGAUUAUGAUAAGAAUGGUCUUCCAGGGUGCGGACGUGAGACCGCACUUGGUCUGGCCCGCUGCAUGGACAAUAGUAUGCUAUGCAGUGCUAUGCACGGUGGCAACCAGGACCGGUCCCUCCAGCAAUGGCGGAACAUCGCUGAAUAUCACCUUGCGAGUGAUCCAACUGGAAAGAUGGGCCGAUUGCAUCCAGCCCUCGCUCGCUCACUCUCUGAUUCCUUCCCUAAUCCGGGCAUCAUUAAUUUAUAUGCACGCCCCACAGUAACUCCACUCACUGAGCUGCCCAAACUGCGAACCCCGGCCCCACCUAACCUCACUUCACUUGCGUCUCUUAUUCAGCAGCUCCUGGGCUGGGACUCAAAGAAGCUUCUCGGCACUUUCCGCACUACCAUUUGGCCUGUUGCCAUCUUGCACGAGCUUCUGGAGGACCUUGCGAAUAAUUCGCCUAUGAGCAAUGAGGUCUGUGGACCGUGUUGCUCUAUCUGA